AUGUCUUCAUGUAGCUCUGGGGUGGCCCUGGGGCUCAGUUUCCAGCCCAGCUGUAGCUCCCAUCUCUUGGUACAAAGGAAUUCCUGCUCUGCCCUGCACCUCCAUCCACCACGGAGCCACUCACUCACCCUGCUCAGCCAGGAGGAUUUCUUGGUGAGCUUCAGUGGGAGCUUCUGUGAUGUGAGUGAUAGUUUGGAGGCUGAUCUAUUGGGUAGCAACUACUCCAUCCCUGACCCUCAGCUGGUCCGGAGGAUCAUUGCCCAGGUGGAGUUCUACCUCUCUGAUGAGAACCUGGCCAAGGAUGCUUUCCUCCUGAAACAUGUCCAGAAGAACAAGAUGGGCUUUGUCAGCAUCAAGCUGCUGACAUCCUUCAAGAAGGUGAAAUACCUGACCCGGGACUGGAGGCUGACCCUCUACGCCCUGAGGUUCUCAGAGCUGCUGGAGGUGAACGAGGAGGGCACCAAAGUCAGGCGGCGAAUCCCCGUCCCCGAGUCCCUGCUGAGCGUCCCUCCCAGCAAACUGCUGCUGGCCUGGGAGCUGCUGCCCCAGGAGCAGGAUGUGCUCCUGCCUCUCCAGAAGAAUUUCCUGGAGACCAUCACCAGGAUGUUCAGUCCCUUCGGGGCCAUCGCCUCCAUCCGCAUCCUGCGGCCGGGUCGGAAGCUGCCCUCGGAUGUGAGGAAAUACACCCCGCGUUUCCCCGAGCUGCUCAGCAAGUGCUGUGCCCUGGUGGAGUACGAGAGCCUGGAGAGUGCCCGAAAGGCCUUUGAGGACCUCGGUCACCAGAGCUGCCUGGGCAGAGAGAGCAUCAGGGUGGUCCGGCUCUGCGGAAAGGGCUCCAAGAAGAAACCCGGGGCUGAGAGGGAGGUGGCAGAGGAGGAGCUGGAGGAUCAGCGGAGUUGGAAGGUGCAAGCGACAACCUCGACGUUCCCCUACAGCCUCGGGGACUCCUUGGGAAAGGGCCGUACCCCGGGGUCACCACCCCUCCUCCUGCACAGGGACCCCCCGUCAACCCCCUGGCCCCGCAGCAGCUUCAAGCCCGGUGACUUCAGCAAUGCCCUCACCAGAUCGCUCCUCACCAGCAGCAUCUUCCCCCCGCUGGAGGCCCCCGGGAGCUGCUCCGGUGGCUGCUGCAGCCCCGAGAGCCCCCGCGGGGGCUGGGGGAAUGGGCUGGGGGUCUGGGCGCCCUGGCGCAGCAGCCCCUGUCCUGAUGCCGACCCCGCUCCUGGCAAUGCCCCGGGGGUGACACGAGAACCCCAGUCCCUGGGCCCACGGGAUGAGGUGCUACCCCACGGCACCCGGGGAUUCUGCAGCAGCUUCAGGAGAGGAGAGCUCGUCCUCCGGUACUGAGGCUCCUUGACCUUUGGCUCUGAGGGGUUUUUUUUUGGUGGGUUUUUUUGUUUUGUUUUGCUAUUUCUCCCCUUCUCUGGAGCAGAAGAACUCCCUGUGGCCCCUGAGUGCUGCAAGUGGUGGUAAAGCUGCUCCAGGGCAGAGGAGUUUUGGGGCCAGGCUGAUGCUGGGGGUGAGUGUGCAAGAGGAGAUGCUGAGCCCUGGAGCAGAGGGGACUGAGCCUGCAGGGGGGGGAGGAGGGGGAGCAGCUCCCACCACCCCAGGGAAGGGGCUGAGCCCCCCUGAGCCCCCGUGCUGGGGACUGUCCUGACAGGGACCUCAC